AUGAUAUUCAUAUCACUACUCCUAUACUGCACUCUCACACUAGCCAAUCUUGCCAAGUUUGACAACAACCAACACUCUCAAGUAUGUGCAGGAGUCUACUCAAAAAAGGAUUGGGGUGGGUCGAUAAAACCACACAUUGGAUUAUCGUUAUCGCAAUAUCAGGACCACAAAUACGACUCCAAGCAUAAAGAUGCCACCUACGACGAUAUCAAAGUAAGCUACAUCAUUUUCGAGUAUAAGGAUCUCAUCAAUAUUGGGGCUUAUCUCGGUGAAGGACGAUAUAAAUUCAUUUGUGAUGAAUAUGCCGUUAAUGACUUGAAAGUAUGUUCGCAGGAUCAAAUUGGCCAGUUUAUCGUCAAUGCGAAUUCUACAAACUCAACCAUCUUGUCGUCACAAUUGCACCAAUUGGGCAAUGCCAAUAUCGAUUACCCAAUCAACCAAACUGGUUAUUACUGCAUUUCAACAUUUUCCCCCACGAGUGACGACGUCAAGUAUAGAGGAACCAUCAAUUUCCAAAAUGCAUUUGGACAAUUGAACGCUAGUGAAAUACCAAAGUUGCCAGCAUACGGGAUCUUGACCUUGUGUUAUGCUAUCGCGUUGGCAUUAUUUGGUUUCCAAUUUUUCAAAAAGAGAAAAGAAAAUCAAAUCUUGCCCUUGCAACGAUACUUGUUGGCAAUGUUGGGCUUUUUGACAUUUGACACGUUGGUGAUUUGGUCAUAUUACGAUUAUGUCAAUCGAGUGUCGAACCGGGAAAAUGGGUUUGGAAUAUUUUAUAUGAUUUUCAUGGCGGUUUUGAAUGCCGUCAAGAUUACAUUUUCAUUCUUUCUUUUGCUCUGUAUUGCAUUGGGAUAUGGAGUCGUCAAAUUGAAAUUGAACAAGAGAACAAUGCUUUAUUGUAAAAUACUUGCUGGAUUCAACUUUGCCUCGUCGUUGACGUAUUUGAUCUUCAACUACAUUAGUGGCUCAUCAACGGCUUUAGUAAACAGCGACAGUAUCGAUGACGGAGAUGCAAGUGACUUGUUGGGAUUGUUACCAUUGAUCCCCAUUUCAAUUGUCUUGUCAAUCUAUUAUGUGACGAUAUUGACAUCACUCCGCAAGACAACCCAGUCACUACAUCAACAACGUCAAAUCAUUAAACUACAAUUGUACCAAAACUUGUUCAAGAUUGUAUUUUCAGCAAUCAUUUUGACAUUCCUUGGUCUCACUUUAAGUUCAUUCAUUUACUUGUCAAUGUCAACAACCCAAAUGUUUGAAGAGCAUUGGAAAAGUGCUUUUUUCAUUUUCGAUUUCUGGCCAAGUGUCGUCUUCUUUAUGGUGUUUAUGAUUAUCGCUUGGUUAUGGCGUCCAACUGAAACCAGCUAUAUGUUGGCAGUAUCACAACAAUUGUCGACUGGCGGUGGAGACGAAGAUGACCCAAAUUAUGAUCCGGAAAACCCCAAUUAUCAAGGUCCUGGAGGAACAGAGUUUGAAUUGGACGAUUUGUCGUUGAUGAGUCACGACGACGACGACGACGAUGAUGAUGAUGAUGAUGAAAACUUGAAUAGUGGACGUAAUAAUUCAAGGAGAAAUGUCGAUAGAGAUAGUUUUGAAAUUGAUGAAGGACACCAACUGCUGCCAAAAUCCUCCUCCCUGGGUAAGAAAUCCACUACGCAAUCAUUAUCUACACCAGAUUCAGCGCAUCCACCACCAGGGUACGAAGAAACUAACCAUAGGAGCAGCCACGAUGAUGGUGCCACACUAUUUGAUCUAGGUGAAGAUGAAGAAGAUGAUGAUGACGACGAACAUGCGGGGGAAGAUGAUCGAUUGAAAAAGAAGGAUUAG